GGCAGAGCCGGCAGCCCGGGCCGUUCCCGCUGCGCCCGCCGCCGUGCGCGCUGGCCAGCGCCGCGCCCCUGAGCCGGCUCCGGGGACCCGCGCGCACCGCAGAGGCAGGGUCGCCGCUCCACCUGGAGCUCGGCCGGGGUGGUCACACCACCAGAGCCACAGGGUCAUCUGCUCCUGACUGGGGACUGGCCACUCGCACACCGACGGCCUUUGCUUCCUACCGAGUUCGAGGGACGCUUUUUACCUGUCUCGGGUGGCUCCGAUUCCGGGGAAGUUUUUCCGGGCGCAGAGCACGCGAUCCCCAGCAGUGUUUUCCUGAGUUCCCAAAAAACCCAUCUCGAUGAACACCUUAUCCCCUGCUGCUGCUGGUUUGUUUAAAGACCAAGAAUUUGGUUGUGCUGACUUAUCAGCCUGCAGUUUCUGCUGAUACUAUGACGAAAAAAACAGUGACGAUUCUGCCCUCUUCAACGCUGCUGUGAAAAUCUGACUGUUAAUAUAUUUGCUCCUCUCACCCUCGGUAAAGAUGUCUGAGCCUGGCCUGUCAUCUGGAUUUUCAGGCAGUGUGGAGAAUGGAACUUUCCUGGAGCUGUAUCCCACGUCACUGUCCACAUCAGUGGACCCGUCCUCCGGCCAUCUGUCCAAUGUCUACAUCUACGUGUCCAUAUUCCUCAGCCUCUUAGCCUUUCUGCUUCUGCUGUUAAUCAUUGCCCUCCAGAGGCUCAAAAAUAUCAUCUCCUCCAGCUCCUCCUACCCAGAGUGUCCAAGCGACGCGGGAAGUUCCUUCACCAACUUAGAAGUCUGCAGUAUUUCAUCUCAAAGAUCUACUUUUUCCAAUCUUUCAUCCUGAAAAAGAAAGAAAGAAGGAAGGAAGGAAGCAAAGCAAAGCAAAGGAAAGGAAAAAAGAAAGAAAGAAAGAAAGAAAGAAAGAAAGAAAGAAAGAAAGAAAGAAAGAAAGAAAGCUUUAGAAACAAAGAUUCUUAACUAAAGCAACAACAGUUUAGGUUUUUCCUUAUGAAGAGCAAACCUCCUGGAAAAUGUGACCUCUUGGUUUUGACCUGUUUCCAUUCUUCAUCUUUGAUUCCUUUGCUGUUCUUGAUGCUUUUCACUUGUGAAUGGAGAAGUCAGUGGUGACAGAAAUGAGCUCUGACUUGGAGGUGCAGAAUUUCACAUUCAUUCCUUGCCAGAUCUGGAGCUACGUUCUUCAAGGUGGAGCAGCAUUUGUUGAAUGCCAUGAAUUCAACUAAGAAAGCCUCCAGGGGAAUGCUGGAUACCGACUCUUGUCUUUCAUUUCCCUGAGACCAAGUGAGCCAACAGAAACUGGGAACAUUAAGUCUGAACCAUGUAGGAGGUAUUUUCCUGUUUAAGAGAGAAAGUAGAGACAUCAUUUUUUUUUAAAAGUCAAUUUAGAUUGAAUGCAUAAUAUUUCUAAAACUGAAAGUAAAAACUUACUAAUUUUUUUCAUUUCACUGUAACAAAUGAAAGUCACAUUUAUUUAUGAAUAUAAGUCAUUUGGAAAAAUUUUGGAAGUGUUUUAAACUUUUAAUAGCAAGACAUAUAUGUGUCAUUAUGCAGUUCAUCAUGUAUUUCUGCCUCUUGAGGUUUUUCUUCUGCUUGUGUUGUAGCCGUAAUGAUCCUCAGCUGUGGAAUUCUUGGUGAUAAUUGCUGCUCCUAUUGCUGGGGAAGCACCAGGAAGAUGCCAAGAAGAUUUUAUUUUAGGUGAGAAUUGAGAACAGGGAAAAUGUUCAUCUAUUGGAUUUUAUACAGUAAUGAUUCUAAGUACUUGUGUGUGUUCCUUGUUUCUCAGUUCUUAUAAUUUCAGUGCAUAAUCAUAUUAAGGCCCCAAGAUGUCAAAGUUUAAUAAUGUUCAUUCACAUGAGGUUGCAAAACUUAGAAACUAAAUUGCUAACACACAUGUUACCAUAGCUCCACGAAUGUUACAAGUCUCUGAUAAGUAGUUGUUUUGUAUUAAUAUAAUACUCAGCCUUUGGACUCCAACAUGUGAGAUUAUAUUAAAGUUGUGGCAGCUCGCAGCUGCUGGGAGCAUUAGUAAUCCUGGGAACUGGGACGAUUGAGCAGGCUCCCUAGACCUUGGACAGGGGAAGGGAGUCAUGAAGUUAAAUAUGCGCAUAAACCCAGGCAAGGAAUGUGAAAGAAAUCAAGUUGCCACUAAAAACAAUGCAAUGCAAAUAAAUCCAUGACAGCUUCUUGAGAAUAAGAAUUUUAAUUUAAUAUUAAAAAUAAGUGCCCCACAGCACACAUACUUAAUUUAGCGUGCAACCCAUAGUUACCAAAUUGUUCUUUGCCCACUAAAGUGGUGGAGCUUUGGGGCUUCUUUUGGUUGUAGAAUCAGCACUCUGCAGUGGCAAAAUGGGAAGAACAAUCCACUAUUUUGUAGUCUGCUGUGUCUUUCCAGUGAGGACUAGAAAUGUGAAUCUAAAGUCUUUUUUUAAUCCAUAAGCAUCCUUUAAAUAAGACCACAUUUAACUCUAUAUAUCAAAAAAGUCUCCAAACUUCAUAACACUAGCACAAACAUGCUGCCCUAAAAUGUAUAAUCGGUGAAAUAUUUAUCUCUGCUGCCAUUCAAGGUGUAAGGUGUAAAGUGGUUAUUAUGUAGCAUAUAAUUUGAACUUUCAGAUCAUUAGCAUUUGCUAAGUAUACAUAUGUAUGUGCAUAAAUGUAUUUUGGGUGUGUGUUCACAGGUUCCAGUUAAAAGUUGUGUUAAAACUAUACAAGAUUAGAGACAUCUACAGUACCACUUUCACUUUUUAAUUAUUCUCAUGCUAUUUUGGUUAUUGAGCAGGAGAAGACAUGGGUAAGGUGAUUUUAAAUAAUAGAAAGACAAAUGCCCCCAUGAUCUGAUAAUGAUUUAUCGUAAGGGGUAGCUUUACAUUCUUUCCUUCUGGAAGAAAUACAAAGACUUCUGAUAGCAAAACUACUUAAAUAGAAUCUGCUCAAAUCCACAAGCACUCCUCACCUCCCCUGCCACAAAGAUCUUUACUCUCAACGUUGAAUGGAAUCAUUGGGAACGUAGUUCAAAGAUGGAAAAUAGGAUUUUUCGUUAUGAGCUUGCCAUGGUAACAGAUUGUACAACUUGAGAUGAAUUUGCAUUGUGUAAAAAGGUCAAAAAGGCUGGAAGAUGAGUUUAUAAAUAAAGAAAUGAAGUCCA